AUAACAAAUAAUUUGAGAUCGCUCAAAAAUGGCAUCAGCUACUAAUGAAACUAGUUCAUUAGAUACAGAUUUGCAGAGGAUUAGGUUGGAAGAGAGGCAUCUGCAAAAAUUUAAAGCAGAGAAGAUAGCUGAAAAGUGGCGUCAACAGGACAAAUAUAUCGAUUUCUUAGAGGAUAAGUUAGAUCAACUGAAGGACCAAUCUAAAUCAAAGUUAGAUUCGCAGAAUCAAGAUUCAACCAGAAGAGAAAAUAUUUUGAUUAUGAGACUUGCAAGCAAAGAACAGGAGGCCCAAGAUAUGAUAAACCAAAUUCAGGAACUGAAAUGUUCUCUGGCUCCUUCAACAAGUAACUUGCGGACAACCCUAUUGGAUCCUUGUGUAAAUUUGCUUUUCCAGAAGAUGCAAUCUCAAAUAAAGGAACUCCAGGGUAAGCUAGCAAAAGCAGAAGAAGAACUCAAUGCAUGGUCUUUUACUGCUGACAGUGUGACAGGAAAGAAACUGAUGGGGAAAUGCAGAAUGUUGAUUGACGAGAACGAAGAGUUGGGACGUCAGUUAUCACAGGGUCGUGUAGCUCAGCUUCAAGCUGAACUGUCUCUGCAAAAGAGUGCAAAUGAAGAAAUGCAGAAGAAUUUGGAUGAAAUGACUGGAUUUGUUCUUCAGCUAGAUGAGGAAGUCGAAGGCAUGCAGGCAACUAUAUUGCAUCUACAACAGCAACUUAAAUACACACAAGACAAGUUGAAGACAGCAAAUGAAAAGCUAGAAAAAAAUUCUGAGGAUAAAAGAAGGGAUGAAGCAGAAUCGUCAUCUAAAAUCAAAUCAGAAAAGUACGACGAUGAUGAGAAGCAGGAUAAGAGGAAACGGUCAGAAGACGAGGAAGAAGUUGUUAAAAAGAAGAAAGAUAAGGUGAGAAGUAAGUCAGGCAAGGAAAGUAAGAGGAAUAAACAUAAGGAUAAGAGCCAAAACGAUGAGAACUGAUAUAAUCUUCAAUGUUUAUAAUAUGUAUAAUUUUGAAAUGGUCUUAUCAAAAAUGAGUGGGUAACAUCUGUGGAACUUGUUAUAUUUUCUUAUUUUUAAAUUAAACAUUUUUAUGAUUACGUUCCACAUAGACAUGAAGAAUUAUAAACUAUUUUCCUUGAACCUGCAUCUUGAAAAGGCCUAUUUCAUGAUUAAGCCAUUAAGUUUUAAAGCAAUUUUGAACGUUUUGUCCUUCAGACCAUACAGCGUAAUUAUUAUUAUGUUAUAAUAUAUUUAUUCAUGUUGCUAAUUGUUUUUAUUAUUUGAAUCAGCAUUAUCAUGUAGCUGUUUUAAUUAAAUUUUCAGGUUAUUGUGCUUAUCUGUGAAAUAAGAUAUUCGAAUUAACAAGUCCAAUCCAACUAAACUAAUAACUAAUUUUGUAUUCUAAAUUUAUAGC